AGAUGAGUGCUUCUGACGGUGAUAACACAGAACAAACUGGACGACGUCGCAGUUUUGGGAACUUGUUUGGAUCAACACGUGUGCCUUUUUCCUCACUUUCCGAUAUUUAUGCAAAUCAAAGUACGUUCGCAAAAGAUCAAGGAGUACAAUCUGAAGUCGACGUUGCUGAUGCCUGGAGCCAACAUCACGCUCCAACAAGAGAUCAAUAUGUCCAAUCAGAAAUUAUCACGGCUGUGGAAACUUCAAGCCAAUACGAGGUUCAAACAAAGGAUAAGGAGGUGGAAGCCAUUUGUUCAACGGCGAACAGAACAACACAAACUUGUCAUGCAACCAAUAUCGCCGGUACAAAUUCAGAAUCUUGUUUAAUCGAAAAAUUGGCAAAUUCACUUUUGGAACAUCUUCAAGCUCGCCGGCCCAUCAAAGCUCGGACAGCAUUUCCAAUUUAUCUCCAGCAACCUGAACAACUCCAGUUGCUUCCUCCACCAGAUCAGCAAUCCGCGCCUGUGCCGCCGAGUCAUCCGUUGCAAAAUUCUGAAGCUCGUCAAGAGGAUCUCGAACAAACUGAAAUGCCACAAGCUUCGCAACAAAUUGGAAUUAAUGAGACCAGUCUCAAUGAUGCCGAUUCUCAAUCGUUUUUCCAUUCGAGACUUCAUCAAACGGAACAGAGAGAAGAAACAAACUCAAACAGCAUGCAGUCAAUUCAUUCACAGGUUAAUCCACCAGCAAGUCAAGAAACAAUGGAAAGUCAUUUCCCUGAAAUGAUCAAUUCUCAGCGAUGCUCAUCAUUCCCAACUCGACAUGAUGGAUCUUCGCAUUUUGCUCGUUCAUCAUCUGGCUUGCUCGGAAGUAUGUCUUCACAGCAACAACGGUCCCAAUUUCCUGUUCCCCAAGAAGAAGGAAAUCAGGCUGAAGACAUGCGAGGGGCUCAGCAACCACAUAAUGCUAGAAAUUUGUUUGGAGGGGUCGGAGGGAUGUUUCCAUCAAUGCCGAAUUCCUCGGGAGGACAGGGACCCGAUUGGCAAAAUAAUCAUUUCAUUCGCCCAUUCGGUCAACCUGCGGCUGGCAUGAUGAGUUGGCAUCCAGGAAUGAUGCCAUCUCAUAUGAAUAACUCCGCGGCUCCAUCUUCUUUUUUUGAAUCUCCGUUCAUGCCGCCAUAUGAUGUUUUUAUGCAGCAGCAGAUGCUUCUACACUCUCAAUACGCGGCGUGGGAGCAACAACGGAAUCAUGCAAUGAUGUAUCAAAAUGCACAAAAUCAAAAUUCGGCGAAUGUAAAUCCUUCAUUUGCCGAUAUCCCUUCUGCAGCGCCGAUUUCUCAGCCAGAAGUCAAUGUUAAUGAAAACCAAAUCGUUCCCGAAGAAACCGAAAGGCUUGAGGCUGAUCUUGAAAUCGAGAAUACUGUCGAUGCGAUCAUCGGUAAUAAAAUAACAGAUGUUGGAUCCGUCAACCAAGCUGUAUCUGGAGUCAAUUCGAUUGCUCGAGAAACAGAGGAAAUCAAUAAUCAAGAUGUGCGAAAUGAGACACCAGUGGAAGAUUUCGGAUCCAUAAUAUCAGCGAUUUCUAUAACUGAAAAUAGAAACGAGUCUCCAAUGCCAAGCGCAUCUGAAACCGAUGACACAUCUCCACAUACCUCGCGCUCAAGAUAUGGAUCUUCUGUUGCCAUUUCCACCGGUAUGAAAAGAGCACGACUCGAACCAUCACAAUCUCCACCGGGCUCAUCUCGCAAAAAUUCAAGGAAUGAGACGACCAAGAAAAAUUCAAAAACUCCUUCUUCUACAAUUGAUAAAGAACCUACUUCAUCAAAGAGGACAAGAAAAGCUCCAGCGCGCUACGAAGCGGAAUGGAACGCCGAACAAGGAGGCGAUACUCGUCGUGCAAAAAGGUGGUCAAAAGACUUCUAUAAGGCUCCCAGUAAAAAGUAGAUUUAAUUUUUGAAUAGGUAAUAGUAAACUUUAUUGUUUUUUGUUCAUCAUUCGUUGCCCAUUGUUUCACCGAUUUAAAAACGCGAUUUCUCAAAUCUCAUUAAUGUUUCCCUUUUUAUUGCCAGAUGUCUGGAAACCUAAUGUUCCUUCUCCAUUUUCUAUGGUUUCUCUUGUUUUUUUUAAGUUUUUUUCUCAUAAUAAAGUUUUUUUCAAGCUC